AACUGAUCUUGAGGCACACGCGCACCCAAGGUCCGCUACACCAAGCAACGCCGGCCCUUUGCGGCCAGGAGCCCUCCAAGGCGCUUCGUCACAUUCACAACACCACACCACCAGCGAGGGCACAGCCAGCGCCGGCGUUCGCAAACGGAGUACGGCGGAUCAAAGAGAUGGAAAUCGUGCCUGAGGGGAAAAACUUCCGAUUGGUAACAAAAGACGAGCUCCCAGCGGUAGCCGAUUUUUUAGUGCAGUAUAUACCUGAAUCUCUCAAGUUUCAUCAGACGAUUCAAACAUAUCUCAACAAUAAGGUGUGGGACUUCCAUUUUUAUGUAGCGAAGAAUUGGCCGGAGGACCCAAUCUGCUUACACUUUCCUGGCUGUACUAGUACGCCAAACAGCCAUCCCUAUGAAAGUGUAACCAUAUUCUGUCCAUCGAGCCGCGCGGAACUGGUCGACCUGGUGACCACAGAGGACAUACUCCUCGACCUCACCAAACCCUUGUACCUGAACUUCACUCACGAAGCCAUCGUGGACCGCUUCGAGAAACACUAUGAAGCCCACGAUAAGAUUACUGGCGACGUCUAUGUGUGCGAUAAUCCUCCCACGGAAAGCAAUGAACAACUGCCACCGGACGUGGAGCUAGUUCGCUUGCAGCCUGAACACAUGCAAGCUGUACACGACUUGUAUCCAGCAAGCGAUAUCGAAUGCCGCGAGGUGUUCGAGAAACUCGUAGCCGAACUGCCCGCCUACGGGAUAUUCGUAGAGGGACAACUGGCCGCGUGGAUGGUACAAUCAUACUACGGUGCGAUGUUCUCGAUGCAAACCCGGCCCGAAUUUCGCAGGAAAGGUUACGGGAUUUACUUGGCGAGGCGCCUCACCAAAGAAGUCGCCGCACGUGGAUACAAACCGUUUGUUGUCAUUCGUCCGGAAAACGACGCGUCCCGUUCUCUCUAUUCGAAACUUGGCUUCGAGAAACGUUUCCGAACGGUGCGCGCUGUCCUGCGUCCGCGCUAGACGUUGAAGUUGAACACUAGCAGAUUUUAUUUUUUUAAGACUUUUGAAUAAAUCAAAUAGCUUGCGAUCUUUGAUCGUUAGAAAAUUUAGUAGUAGCUUUAAGAUUGGAGCGGCUGUUGCUGUCGAUCUCUAAAUUGAAAUUCAAAUAAAUCAUAUGUUUAAACGUUAUUUCUUUUUUUAUAGGACAACGAAUUGUGACGUAAAUAGCGGUGUACCUAUUGUUUUAAUUAUUUAUUCACGGAUCCGAGAGCAGCAGCCGUUCAUUGCGUUUUAGCAUGAGCCAAUCAACGGUACUAACAUGUCAAGAAUUGAAAAUCAAAAACUCGGUUUAAAAUAGUUUUAUGCUUGACUUAGGAUUGACUUGAAAUCGGUAUACUUACUGCGUUUUUCUAAAUUACUGCCAUUACAUUUUUUGAUAGUUGUUAAAGGUUUCGAUCGGAAGUUUUUUAUUCUUGACACGGUUAGAAUUAAAUUCAUAUAGAUGAAUGCUUAUAAACACUCGUUGAUCGAGCGGUACUAUUCUAUCUCAUGCUGUUGAAAAUACGGACCAGUUUCGAUCGUGUAGGUGUAAUGGAUGGAGUAGGAAUCAAUUAAUAAGUGUGAUAUUAGACCAUGAGAUGAUAGUGACCGUCUACACUCGAGAUGCACAAUUGUUCAAAUACAUUAAAUGCACCAUCACAUUGUUAUUUUCAAUUAAAUAAUGUAAACUAUAACGGUAACAUUUGAAGGCUCGACAGUUUUGUAUAACAAAAUGUAAACCUGGAUUUGGAAAUAUAUAACGUCUAUUUUGACUGUAGGACUUGAUAGAUUUUGAUAGCAUUAUAAAUGGGAAGUAAUAUUUAUAAUUUUAUGUACCUAUUGUAUUUAUUUUUGACGCUAUAUUGCAUUUAUAAAGAUUUAAGUGUAGGGUAUUUAUUGUAUUGUUUAGUAAUCAGUGCGACAAAAUUCAAUUUUGUCUAUUUUAUUUAUUUUAUUAUCUUUUGUAGCUAUAAAUACAGCAUUUCUACAAACAAAUAACUUUGUUAAAUUUAAUAAAUUAUCAAUGAGGUUUGAUACAAAAACUAGGUAGGUAGGGAUUUUAAUAUGGGAAACCAACUUUUUUACAAAUAUUUAAAUUGUAGGCUUCGUAAAUUUUCUAUAUGAUAUUCGAAAAUGGCCAUAGAAUACCUACGUUGGUCUGGUAUAAUUUGUAGCCUUGUUUUAUUGUUACUAUAACCGCGUUUAUUUACUUGUAACUUAUGCUUUAUAUAAAUGUAAUCAUUUGAUUAUUAUUCGAUAUUUAUUUAGGUCUUCCUAAAGGAAUGUUUAAAUAUUAACAAGAACAUAAAUGGGAAUGGUAUCAUGAAGGAGAUUGUUGUGUAAGAUAUAAAUAAUUGUAUAUUCCAGCUCCCCUCACUAUAACACAGGCACAGCAUUGCUCAUUAAAAUAUCUUUAACUGGCAAUGCUAAUUUUAAAUUUUGCUCAAUAAUUCCCAGAGCUUCCACUUUAAAAUUGUGUCAAUGCUUAUUUUUCAAAUUAUGGACAAUGAUACAACUUUAUUAAUAAUAAAACCUCCUGUGGCACAAACUUGCCAGAUGAAUAUUCCACAAGCUUAUGUUAUCACUGUGGUUACCACGAUAAAUUACCUACAUAAUUUUAAAACCAAAUAUAGAUACAUAAAUUGUAGACUAAACCCAAUUUAAGUACAUAUAAACGUGCUUCAAUAUACAUACGCAAUACAAUUUCAUGGUAUUUGUUAUAGAAAUAAUACUGGAAUAAAUUAAUUCCUCCUGUUGUUUUCUCAUAAACAGUCAUCAAUUUGCAAUCAUGCUGAAGGCUUUAUUCCAAUUUCCUACUUUCUGCAAAUUACGUAAGUAGGUCAAAUUUCUUCAAAUACUUAUUGUUAAUUGUAGGUACCUUUUUCUGAAUAUUUUCUCUAGCUCCUAUGAUAAAUAAAAUGCAAAGGACAUAUUUCCGUCCUUAAAACAGUUGAUGUCUGCGGAAUAUUGUAAUAAUCAUGUAAUAAUGGCAUGUUACAAACCUACGCGCUACUUCAGUAUGUAGUGACCGAUCUGUAUAAUUCAUUACCUACCUUGCAAAGGUAAUUACGAAAAUAAAGAGAUUAACUACAAA